AUGUCAACUAGUCUUAAUAUGAUCAAUGAUAAUUUAACUUCAUUCAUUAAAUUUAUUCAAAUUGUACAAGAUCAAACAAUUAAAAAUUCAAAUGGAAAUCUGUCUAGUGAUUUUUCAUGGUUGUCUCAUGCUAAAACAUUAUUUUAUGAUCAUUUUGAAAAAUGUUUAUUUAUGAAACAUAAUGAAACAAAAAAAAUAUUCGACACAAGCGUUUGCAAAAGAAUUAUCAAAAUAAAUAAUAUUGAUCAUUACAUUGAUAUCGAAAAUGAUGGUGUUGUAACAAUUCAUCAUCCUAUUGGACCGAGUUUUGUGUCAAUAAUAACAACGAAACAAAAACUUUAUUAUAAUAAUUUAGGCACAAGACUUGAUUGUACCGCUAUUGGUACUCCAUCACCAGUGUUAACUUGGUUUCGGACGAACGGUAGUGAUGAUCGACCGUCAACAUUUGUCCAAUCUUCUGAACUCAUUGAUGUCUAUGAAAAUGGUAGUUUAUUCAUUCGACCAUUUCGAGAUUAUUCAAAAUCUAUACAUGCUGGUAAAUACAUUUGUCGAGCAGAAAAUCCAGCCGGUAGUAUACAAACAACACCAGUUCAACUUAAACCACAAAUCUAUGAUACAUAUGAAAUUGAAGUUAAAUAUACAUAUGGAUAUAAACAAUCAUCAGCUAUUUUAUCAUGUGAAAUAUCACCACCAUCAGCUAGUUCUUAUGUACAUGUAAUAGGUUGGUUAGAAAAAGUAAAUAAUCAAAUCAUUCAACUUGAUUUACGUAAGUGGCCAAAAACAAAAUAUAACUUAUUAUCAAAUAAAAAUUUAAUUAUACAUAAUAUAACAGAUUCAGAUGAUAAUCGAACUUAUGCUUGUAUUGCUAAUAAUGAAAUUGAUAAUGAUACAAGAUAUAGUCGAUUUAAAUCAUUACGUGUUCGAGAUCGUUCGCCAUUUGGACCGGAAUUAUCAAUACCAAAUAAUACAGAAUAUCGAGCCCAAGCUGGUGAUCUUAUUGAAUUACCUUGUGGUAUAUCAUCUAUAUCAACACAUGCACGGAUAUCUUGGUGGAAAAAUGGCAUAGAAAUUGACAAUAUUUCGGAAAAACUUUAUAAUAAUUCUUUAAUUCUUCAACUUUCACAUACAUCUUUAAAUGAAUCAGGCAAUUAUGCAUGUCGUAUUGAUGAUGAAUCAAGUGGACGUAUGAUAUCUUCUAUGUUGUUGAGAGUUAAUGUUCCAGUUCAAUGUAAAAUGUCUGUUCAAGAAGCCAAUUUUAAUGCUGGAUCAAAAGCUGAGUUAAUUUGUACAAAUAACUUAAUAAAGUCGAAUGCUAUUCAAUGGCAAUGGUUUCAUAAUUCUAAUCGAAUAUCAGCAAACAAUGACCGAUAUUUAAUACAUAAUCUAACACGAGAACAUAUGGGAAUGUAUCAAUGUUGUUACAUCAUAAGUUCUUCAGAUUUAAAUGCUUGUUGUGCACAAACUCAACUUCGUGUCAUCAAUUCACCGCCUUUUAUCCUUUCCGAUCAACAGACAAAUUCAAAUAUUAUUAUAAUUUCAUCAAAAGAUAUUUCACGUGUUUCAAUUGAUCUUAAUUUAACUAUUUAUGCUGAUCCAAUACCAAUUAUAGAUUUAUAUAAAGACGGUCAACAAUUAAUAUCAAAUAAUCAAAUUGAUUAUUUACCAUCAGGAGAUAUAUUUACUCAUUAUCGUAUUAUUAUAUCGAAUCUAAAUGAUACAGGCCUAUAUGAAUAUCGAAUGAAGAAUCCUUUUGGAUCAAUUUCAUUUUCUAAACAUAUAAAUAUCGAAGGAGAAAAACCAUUUAUUAAACCGAUAUCAAAUUUAACUAUUGUAACUGGUAAAAAAUUUACACUUGCUUGUUAUGCCUCUGGUCAACCAAAUCUUGAAUUGAAAUGGAUCGAUGAUAGAACAAAACAAAUAAUUAAUACAUCAUUAACAUCACCUAUUCUAUUAACAUCAAUAAAUACACAAUCAAAUAUGUAUAUGUGUCAAGCAAAAAACCUCUAUGGUGAUAAUUUCAUAAAAGUUUAUGUUAAAAUACAAAUUCCAUCGAAAAUUUUAUCACUGACAUCAAAUAAAAUUGUAAAAAUAAAUGAAACAUUAAAUAUUUACUGUUUAGCUGAAGGUGAUAAUCAAUUUGAAUUAAAAUUAAAAAAUCCUUUAUCAAAAAAAUUAAAUAUAUUUGAAACAAAUUAUAAUUAUAAAAGAAAUUUAUCAUUAACUAUAGAAAAUAUUCAAAUGUCUGAUAGUGGUUUAUAUGAAUGUUAUGCAAAAAAUAAUUAUUCAGAAGAUCGUUCAACAUUUGAAAUAAUUGUACAAAAUGUACCAAAUAAAAUAGAAAAUAUUUUUAUUGAUAAUUCAAAUCAAAUUAUUUGGAAUAAACCAUUUGAUGGAAAUGCAAACAUUUUAAAAUAUAUUCUUCAUAUUCGAUAUAAACAAGGAACAUCUUGGUCAAAUGAAACGAUAAUUACAAUUAAUGAUAGUAAUAUAACAAGUUAUUCAUUUGAAAACCUUUAUUAUAAGUGUAUGAUAUCAAUAACAAUUGAAGCAAUUAAUAUAAUUGGUUCAUCAUUAUCUAGUAAUCUUCAGUUUCAAACAAAUAUCAAACAGCUACUUAUUGCUCCUUAUAAUCUUACUGCAAUCAAUAUCUCAUCAAAAAGUGUAAUGUUAACAUGGCAGUAUCCAUCAUUUCAAUUAUGUCAUGAUUCACUUAUUGAAUAUGUGAUCGAAAUAAUUGAUGAAUAUAAUCAAAGCAUUAUUCAAACUUAUAAACAUGAUUCAACAGUAUUUACUAUUAAUAAUUUAAAAAGCUUUACUCAAUAUACAUUUCUUAUUUAUGCAAUAAAUGAAUUAGGAGCUAGUCCUAAAUCAAAACCAUUCACUAUACAAACAUUAGAAAGUGCUCCUCUUGCUAUAAUAACAGAUUUAACAGCAACAUUAUUAAAUACUUCAUCUAUUCAUGUUACAUGGAUAUUUGAAAAUCAUGAUUUUCAACUUCUUAAUGGAAAAUUUCGAGCAUUUGCAGUUACUAUUUAUGAAAAUUUCAAUAUGUCAACAUUAAGAACAAUUGAAACAAUAAAUUCAACUCUUACACUUAAUAAUCUUCAUUUGUCAACAGAAUAUUAUAUAUCAGUUACGAUUUGUAAUUCUUUUGAUUGUGGUCCAUCAUCAUUAGCUAUCAAUAUUGAAACACCAUUAUCAAAUUUCGAUAUGCCGAUCACUAUUUCACAUCCAAUAAACAAGCCACUUUUACUCGAUUGUCCAUUAACAAAUUCUUGGCUACAUAAAGAAAAAUCAAUUUAUCAAUAUAUCUUAAAUAAUAAUUCUCUUUAUAUUCCUCAUUCAAAACUAGCCGAAAUCACUGGUCAAUAUCAAUGUGGAUCACAACAAUACAAUAUUCAAUUAUAUGAUAAACCAUCACGUAUUGAAGCAAAAAUUCAUUAUGCAACAUCAAAUGAAAUCGGUAUAAAAUUAACUUACCCAUCAGAUAUAAUUGAAAGUUUAAUAAUAACAUAUAAAACAAAACAAUAUCCAAUUAAUAAUGAAAUUCAUAUAUCUCCGCCAUUAUUAAAUGUUCGUUUAAGAAAUCUUUCUUGUGGAAAUAUAUACGAUAUAAUGAUCUAUGCAAAAAAUCAAGUUGGAUUUAGUUUAAAUGAAUACUUAAUUGGAAAAACUGAUGGUUCAGCUCCUUUAUUAAUUCAAUCAAAAGAUUUAAUUGAAACUAUAUCAAAUAAUUUUAUAAUUCUUAAUAUGUCGAAUUGGAUAAUAAAUCAAUGUUUAAUAUUAUCUUAUGAUAUUGAAUUAUUUCCUGUAAUAAAUGUGACGAAUAAUAAUAAUAAUAAUAAUAACAAUAAUAAUAAUAAUAAUAAACUUCAUCGAUAUUAUUCAUUUAAAAAUAAUUUUAAAAGUUUUCGUAUAAAUAAUUUACAAUCUAAUCAAGACUAUCAAUUACAUAUUAAAAUCAAUAGUCAAUCAGGUGAAAUAAUAAAAAUAAUUUUAUUUCGUACAACUAAUAAUAAUCAAAACAUGAAUUUAAAAACUAAAAAUUCAUAUACUAUUAUUAUUAUUAUGACUAUUUCACUUAUAUUUAUGAUUAUAAUAUCAAUAAGUAUUUUUAUUUUAAUGAAAUUUUGUCGAUUUAAAUUAAAAAAACCUAAUUUAUUUCUUGAACAAACAAGAAAAUUAAAACCAGUUAUGUAUUCAUCCUAUCCUCAUCGGUAUCAUAGUACAUGGUUAAAAAGUAAUAAUGAAUUUACAAUAGAAAAUUAUACAAAUAACCACAAUGAAAAUUCAAAUCGACCGUAUAGUUAUGCAUCCGAGGAUUCUCAAGGAAAUAUCAAUCCUUAUGCAGUUACUGGUUUUACAUUAAAUGGUACUGAUCAAAUUGAUCUUGGGUCAUUAUGGAGAGAAAAUAAUCAUACACAUUGCCUUAUAGAUGCAUCAGAUCAUCGUCCAUCUACAACUUCUUCAGAACGAUACUUUCGUCCAAUAAUUCUUGAAUCAUCAUCACUGAAUAAUCAAGAAUCUUUAAAACGUAAUCCACUUGUACAGAUCCCUCCAACAUAUUUAUUAUCAAAUCCUGCUCAACCUUCAUCAAGUGUUCUUUCAACGAUAUCAUCUUCUCAAGGUGAACUUUUUUCUGCAUUUACAUAUGUUCCACCAUCUAAACAUAUAACAUUUAAUACAAAAAAAUCUUCUAAUAAUAAUAAUCAUAUACUUGCUGAUCAAAGUUCAUCAUCUGCGGAUUCCGGUGUCCAUUCAUCUUUUACUCAAAGUCCCAUAACUAAACAUUCAUUUCGAAAAUGUCAUUUACAUGGAUUUACUUUUGAUCGUCCAUCAUCGGCACAUGCUAAUGAUGAUCCAGAAAAACAUUUAUAUGCCACAUAUGAUCAACAUUUUGCUUUUUUAAGAGGAACAACAUCCCAUCAUUCAAAUAAGGAAUCACAUAGACAUCAUCAACAAGAACAAUAUUCUUUAGUUUAA